GCAAAGCCUGCACUCGCUAUACCUACCUACUUCCGCCUUACAAGAUCUCGCUAUCCGUGCACUAAGAACUCUUCGACAGUCAGAUCGCAGAGCGCACCACGGCGAUCCGAGGAGCCGCUUCUGACGUCAUUACCGACUUCUCUGAACCGACGCACUGACACAGUGCACUACCCUAGACCUGAGAUGAAUUUACCCUGCAUGCUCUAACUUGCUCACACCCACCUUUUGGUGCUCUACCUAGAAGCUAUGUCCUGCAGCUCAGAUGUCCACGAGCACCAGAAGAACUUGCUAAAGACGAACCCGGAAACGGACCAAUAUACUGCUCACGAUGGAGCAUCUAUCAAAGUCACAGAGCGCGAUGACCGAACAAUGCUCAUGAGCGUUCUCAUGAAGGUCGUGCGCCUCUUUCGGAAACAGCUCAACGCAAGCGAACCAAAACAUGAAGACGGAUCGAUCAAGCUUAAGCCGCCAAAGACACGCCUGCGGCCAUGUACAGCUACAGAGCGCGCCGUGUGCGACAUACGCAUCUAUGAUAUAGUACCGCCCCAUCAACGGGCAAAGACGCCCGCAAAACGCAUCUAUUACAUCGCCGGAGGAAGUUGGCAGAUGGCGCCAUCCGGCCAGCAUUGGUGGGUGUGCGCACAGCUCACACAAGCGCUACCUGACACCGUCAUUUCGAUGAUUUCAGUCCCACUGGCACCCAACAACUCUGCGUCGAGCUCUUUCCCUUGGUGUUUGAGACUCUAUCGCGAGCUGUUGAGGAUGGCAGAACAGGCAGGCGAGACGGUCACAUUUAUGGGAGACUCAUCCGGAGCCAACAUCGUGCUUUGUCUCGCCAUGGAAGCUUUGCGACAGGAGGCUGAAAAUCCCGAAAUGGAGAGGACCCCACAACCCACUUCUUUGAUCAACAUAUGUCCAUCGACCGACAUGACGCGCAACAACCCGGAUAUCGAGAAGCUGCGAAAGUUUGACCCGCUUCUUUCACCUGAGAUCAUAAAAGCGACAGCAAAAGCAUGGUGUGGGAAAGACGUAGACCCUGCAGACCGCAUUGUGUCCCCCAUCAACGCCGACUUUUCUUUGCUUGCAAAAAGUGGCAUUAAGGUGCACGGUGUUACAGCUGGUUACGACGUGCUCAGUCCUGAUGGCAUCGUCUUCCGCAAUCGACUUUCCGAAAAUGGCGUAAAAGGAGAGUGGUUACACUGGGAGAAGCAGAUGCACUGUUUUGUGUUGACGGCUCCAUAUCGCCUUCGCGAAGGCAAACAAGCAUUGGCCUGGGUGAUCGAUGUGAUUAAGAGGGACUAGUGGUGAGCGAUGUGUUUGAUUUGAGAUACCCCACCUUGACUUCGAGUACUUUGAAGUGCCGACCUGUUUUGAUCGCAGCGCGCGAAAUCGCAGUACUUUCUGAUUGCAUUCGGACUGGAGACUGUUGAGAGGCCGAUCAGACAUUGGGCAGGGUGCAAGCAGUGAGUUAUGUACCCGCAAGCUUCAUGAACCCCAAUAGGCGCAGCGUAAACAAAGGGCUCCCAGCAUCUAUAACCUAAGACUCUACCCGUCCUUAAUGUUCCCCCCUCCCUUCUCGUCAAUUACUUCACUGCCGACCAUGACGACACUCCAAAGCACAAUAUCUCCACGUGACGUCUGCCGGCUUCUCGGACUCAGACUCAGACUGGUCCGAGUCUGACUCUAACGUAUCAUCAGAGUGGUCAUCCGUGCUUGAG